AUUACUGGCAUACGUAUAUACUGUAUAUGCAUGUACAUGGAACUCUUCCCAUCCAUUUGUGUAGAGAAUGUUGCACAUGCAGCAUUUUAAGUUUUGAAACCAAGUUAGAGAGAUGAAUUUGAUCCAUAAUGAUGUUAUUAAGGAGUGUCCAGAUUCUCUGAAUUGGGUCAAGUUAUUUUAGAAUAUUUGAUAUCAUCAUUUUUUUUGGUCAUCAAAGUGUCAAAGUGAUUGAUUUGUGAUGGUAAAAUCCAAAUGUCCCAUAGGAUCUACAUUACAGGGGCCACAAUUUUUUGAUAACCUUUUUGACAAAUACACUGGCGUACCCAUAACUCAAGUUACUUCAAUCUGUUUCCACGAGUAAUGUGUCAUGUUAAAGGCUUUAUUAGAAAGCUACAGGUGUUCAUCCAAAUUUGUCCAUUUAGGUUUGUUUCCCUUGUCUGGGUCACUCCGAGGUCAUCAGGGCUCACCACAGAUGAGCAUUGUGGUGCGAGCAGCCUCUUCAGGGUCAAACCAUUCUAUGAGUCCUUUACAAUCAGGCCUUGUUUGUGAAUAGUUGAGUCAGUGAGUGAACAAUGCUGUUGGUUGGGAGAGGAAUGCCCUAUAUUGUAUGCAAAAUUAAAGCUUUAACAACAGAGAAGGAAAGUGAGUCAUGUCAUACAUGCAGCUUUCUUCUGCAUUGUUGAAAGUCCUGCUGAUCAAAAUGUCUAACUCGGCCAUGAGCACAUGUACCAGGCCAAUCACCAGGAUGUGACUCAUGGCAAGCGAGCGUUCCUCUCUCCUCCCUCUGAGCAGACCCUGCGAGUGCCCCCCCUUCCUCCUCCCUCUGAAGGGGUAGCAGAGGAGGCUAGUGGCUUCUGACGUUCUUCUUCCUACCUCACGCCCCCUCACGUCAUCCGCGGCUCUGACAUCACUACUGUGCAGCCACGACUGCCAUGUACGCCGUGCUGGAAAACAACCCGGCGGCCCGCAGCGACUGCACCAUCCUGUCCCUGUCCUGGAAGGGCACGGUGCCGGACAGCGAGAAGGACAAGAGCUACACCCGCAAACGGUGCUACACGGAGGGCUGGCUGGCCACUGGGAAUGUCAAGGGGAUCGUGGGGGUCACCUACACCUGCAGCCAUGCCCGCAAGAAUGCCGCCACGCCCUCCCGGACCAACUUCAACCUGCGAGGCCACAACAGUGAGGUGGUCCUCGUCCGCUGGAAUGAGCCCUUCCAGAAAAUGGCAACAUGCGACGCCCAGGGUGUGAUCUUUGUGUGGAUCAAGUACGAGGGCCGCUGGUCCAUUGAGCUGGUCAAUGACCGUUCCUGCCAGGUGAGCGACUUUGCAUGGAGUCACGACGGCCGCAUGGCCUUGAUAUGCUACAAGGACGGCUUUGUCCUGGUGGGAUCGGUCACCGGUCAGCGCUACUGGUCAUCCAUGCUGAACCUGGAGGCCAAGCUGCUGUGUGGGGCCUGGGCACCAGACGACAAGCAGGUAUUGCUUGGCACAUCAGAUGGACAAAUCCUGGUCAUGGAUAUCCAUGGAGCCAUCGUGACCCAGUGCACGCUGGCCGAGGAUCGGCCAAUCAAGGCCCUUCUCUGGUCCUCGGAGAAAUUUCGUAUGAUCAACGUCAGCGACAAUGAAUCAGAUGAGAAGCCGGACAAGAAGAAGCGAAAAGGAAGUGAGCGCCGGUCACGACUGUGCAAGAAGCGCUGUCCAGUAAUGGCUGUGGACCUCGGGGACAGUGAGAUUCAGCUGAUGAAAGCCUAUGACGACCUCACCCCCAUCAGCAUCAAGACCGAGAUGACAGACAUCAAGAUGGAGUGGAGUAGCUGCGGUGCCUUCCUUGCGGUUGGUGGCGCGCAGCCAGUGGAGAGCAUCAGCGCCAUUAAGUUCUACAACACCAACGGACACCUACGCUUCACUCUCAACAUUCCCUCGCAGCGCCCCCUGUCGGCGCUGACGUGGGGCCACAAUGACCGCCGUCUCUUCGUGGCCUGCGGCGCCAUCCUCCACGUGGCCUGGGUGGAGAAGGGCGUGGCACCCCUGCAGGUGCUGUGCCGGGAGGUCAUCACAGCGCUGGUCAGCGAGGAGAAGGCAACGGCCAAGCUGCCCCUGCCCGGCCGGCUGCGGACAUACACCACAGACCGGCUCUCCCUCACGGUCAAGGGCUGUAUUCCAGAUCCAACCAAGCUGAGAGAAUUCGGCAGCAGGCCGCCGCCAGGCAACGAACGCCUCCACUGCACCAUGAUCCGGACUGGUGAUGACACCAACCCCAGCAGCUCAUGUUACACGCUGUUCCUGGAGUACCUAGGAGGCCUGGUACCACUCCUCAAGGGUCGGAGGGUCAGUAAGCUUAGGCCGGAGUUUGUCAUCUACGAUCCCAAGGUGUCCCUAGACCAGAAACAAGUCCCGGGCGAGGAAGAUGAGCGGUUGCCCCUAGCAACCACCAUCAUCUCUUCCAGCAGCAGCUCCAGCUCGGAGGACAGUGAGGACGAGACGCUGGCCAGGAUGAUACGGCGGAAUGGCACGUCCAGCGGCAGCCCCCGCCUGAACGCAGAGACGAGCAAUGGCGCUGACUUGCCCAGACGGAAGGAGCGGCAGUACAACAGCCUGUUCCUGGACAGUUUACCGGAGCAAAACCGGCUGGUGGAGGUGACGUCCAACAUCUGGGGCACCAAGUUCAAGCUGCACGGCCUGGCCCGCUUCCUGCCGGCCAACCUGGGCCAGGUCCAUUACCGGACAAGCCUGCUUCACCUGCAGCCUCGACAGAUGACCAUUGCGUUGGUCGAGCUGCGGCCUGAUGCCAAGCCACGCCGGGAUGACGAUGAGGAUGCUGACUUUGACCCCAACGUCUUUAGCGAGGACGAGGACGAACCGGGAGAGCCGCCACCUCAACCACCCAUGAAUAGGGCAGGAGGCCCCGCCCCCAUUGCUCCAAUGAAAUCAACGAAUCGUAGUUUCUCAAGUAGCGAUCUUGAUGUUGCAGACCAGGAACCCCCUCCGCCAGCAAUGGAGGUUUCCCAGCCACUGGAGGUGACCAAUGAGAACAUUUCUUCAACCUCCAAGGUCCAACCGGAUCGGGAGCAGUUCAUCCGGCAGGGGGCCAUCCCCAAACGGCGGACUAGCAACCUCCUCAAGACCUCCCUGGAAGCCACUACCACGGUGGCAGGGAGGACAGGAGCCCUGGAUGUGGUGGAGAAUGCCCAGAUCAUCAAUGGCACCACGGAGAUUGUGGACGGGACGUUGAUAUCCAGUGAGCCCUGUGACUUUGACGAGCUGCAAACGGACAUGCCCCGUUGGGCGGACAGCGCCAGCCAGCUGAUCCCCGCUGGCGUGGCACAGCACCACGCUCCAACGGAUGGAGGCAUCGCAAACCAAUCUGUGGACCACAAACCACUGCCGAUGGAGGUACAAGAGGGAGUCGUGGUUGCAGUGCCCUCAGGCAGAAAACGCGACGUCCCACUACAGGCAGAGAAAGAACCUUCAGUGCAAUCUCAACGGAGCCUGAAGCCACGGGAAAACCGGCCACGCUCCAGCUCCAGCCCAAAGAGUAUAAUGCAAAUGGACACCAGGACGAAUAGCGGCAGUCCGCAGAAUGGCUGUGGGAGGGACAGCAGUCCGUCGGGGUCUGGAAAGUCCCCACAGGAGAAGAGGAAGCGGCCCAAAUCCAAAACCCGCAGCCGGAGCGAGAGCAGUGCCGGCACCUCCCCUGGCGGCAGCGGUGCAGUCAAGCAGAGUGAUAGCGAGAUCGGGCCAGAACCAGAGAAAGCCAAGAAGGCAUCCAAGGACCGGCGGACCUCGCUGUGCGGUGGGGGGAGCCCGUCCUGGAGCCGAAUGAAAUCACACGCGGGCGCCGUGGACAGCUCGGAGAGUGACGCCGAUAAUGCCAACAGCAGCGAGGAGACGCCGGCGGCCGGUGGGGGCAGUGCCAAGUCCCGCAGGGCCAAGCUGAUGCGGCAGUAUGCGGACUGUAAGUCCAAGGUGUUUGUCAUGCGCAACAAGGCUCCACUCUGGAAUGAGAGCACCCAGGUCUACCAGCUGGACUUUGGCGGGAGAGUCACCCAGGAGUCUGCCAAGAAUUUCCAAGUGGAGCUCCACGGCAAACAGGUGAUGCAGUUUGGGAGAAUCGAUGGCCACGCCUACACGCUUGACUUCCAGUACCCCUUUGCGGCCCUGCAGGCUUUCGCCGUGGCUCUAGCCAAUGUGACUCAGCGUCUGAAGUGAAAAAAAGCAGAGAAAACUUCUACGUAAAGUUUGUUUGCCCAGUGAGAACCAGCCAACCUUACUCCUGACGCCUUCGUAAAGGUCACAUCCACUGCCACCCAGUUGGCCCAAAAAGAUGAAAGCUGUCACUUUUGUUCCCAUUCACUGCCUGGUCGCUGUAGCCACAGUCAAAGAAUUUUUUUCCCAAUAAUUUGCAAUGCAAAGAAUUUUUCACUUAUACAGCUCUAUACCCUAAAGAAUUCUGAGUGGAUGAAAUAGUGACUCACCUGUGUGACUCACGACCUACAACUCAAUUUAUUUCUCACAGAGUGUUUAUGAGUGCUUCAUUAAUUAGUAUUUAAAAUCUCAGUAUGUCUGUUGUGGACAUGGUGAACUGUAAGUACAAGUUUUGAAAUAUUGUUUUGCAACAAGUGCAUAUUUUCUUCACAAAAAUGGAUUUUUGUCGAUGGAGUUAACAAUACGUUUGGAUUUCUCACAGUGACAUUAACUGCAUGUAUCUUUGAAAUGAAUAGUUUAGACAAUUCAUGCAGUUCAUGCAGACUUUUGAACCCAGUCAUGCUGAAACCAGUAAAACCCGUUGUGAUUAAAAUGGCUUUGUAUUGAGAUUAUAGAUUUCUAUAAGAUGUCCGCUCACCUGGACAGCAUUGCAACCACAGUUGUAUGUGGUUGGUGUUAGCAUUUUGUGCAAGUGUUGUGAGACUUGUACCAAAGUGCCUCGACUACGCACAGUUCCACCUUUUGUCAUCAAAAUCCUUGAUUUUUGUGGUCAGUUGACUCUUGGAAUUGUAGAGUUGCCCAGUUUUCUAUUCAACAGCAGAUUUCAUGUUCCUUAGUGAACACAAACAAGCACAAAAAACUGCCCGGCUGAGGAGAAAGUUUGGCCUAGCAACAGCAGGGCACUGGCUAAUAGUCCAUGUGACCUAGGUAUGUCAUUCCACGACUGGUCAUCAGCAAUACUCUGGGGAGCAAGUCAGUCUAGCAAUCUUGUUUCUGUUGUGGUCACAGACAGUUAUUCUAAUAUAUAAUUGAACAUUUUCCAUUUCUUUCCCCUCCCAAAAGCAAGGAAGAAAUCACUUUUAAGCAUGUUCCUCACCAAAACAGUUGAACUAUUUCUCACUUGUAAGUUUUUGCAAGGCUGAAGGCAUUAUUUUGAAAGACUUAAAUGAUUUGUGUGUUUAUUUAUCACUCAAUCCUUAUGACAAAAUAAUCCAGGAAUUUAACAUUUAAUAUUUUGCUACGUAUAAAUAAAUGCACUGUCUCACCUUGUUAAUACCACA